AUGCUUUCGUUGUCAACAUCAAUUGUUUCUCUUCAUAGUUAUGUUGGGUCUCAUAAUAAUGAAAAGAAAUCAACGAAAAAAUCUGAUACAAAACCUUCUAUUAUUUAUUUUCUUGCUUUAUUUUAUACAUUUUUAUCACUGGGAUUUGGUGCCGGUCUUUUUGGACCAACAUUACUUAAAUUUGUUGAACAAACAAAAUCACCAUUAGAUCGUGUUAUUUAUAUAUUAUUUACACGUUCAAUUGGUUAUUUAAUUGGUACUCUCAUUGGUGGAAUUCUUUUUGAUCGUUUUCCACGAUUUGGUCGAACAUUUUUAAUAUUUACAGUUUUUAUAAUGUGUAUAACAACACUAAUUAUUCCAUUUAUGUAUCAUCUUAUAUUAAUGAUUAUUGUCCAUUUCAUGUGGAGUUUUGCAGGUGGUUUAGUUGAUACUUUAACACAAAUUUUAACUAUACGUCAUUAUGAACAAAUGAAUGUUAAUCCAUUUUUACAAGCACUUCAUGGUGCAUUUGGUAUUGGUGCUUUUUUUUCGCCAUUAAUUAUUGCACCAUUUCUUCGAAAAUCAAGUCCUAUUGAUCAAUGGCAUUAUGCAUAUUGGUUAAUUGGUCUUUUACAUAUACCUAAUGUAAUAUGGCUUUUAAUUUAUGCUAUACGUGAUGAAUUUUGUUUAAGAAAAAAUCAAGAAAUUGUUUUGGAAAAUAAAGAAUUCAUUUCAGAGAAUACACAAAAUGAAACAAUUAAUAUUAAAUCUGAUGAUCGAACAAAAUCAUCUGAAAAUUAUGUAAUUCUUGGUUUAAUGACAUUAUUUAUUCUUGUAUAUAUUGGUGGUGAAAUAGGUUUUGGUUCCUAUAUACAUACUUAUGCAAUUUUACAAUUACAUUUUGAAAAAGAUAUAGCUGCAUAUCUUAAUUCUGCUUUUUGGGCAUCAUUUGCAUUCAGUCGUCUUUGUGGUAUUCCAUUGUCAUUAAAAUUUUCUCCAUUACAAAUGCUUAUUUCAGAUUUAAUUGGUAGUAUUGGUUCAAUAUUAUUAUUAUUGAUUUUUAAUAAAUCAUCAUUGGUUUUAUGGAUUGGUUCAAUUUUUUUUGGAAUAUCUGCUGGAUCAAUUUAUGCAUCAGUAAUUGCCUUUAUAGAAAAACAAAUAUCUUUAACAGGGCUAAGAAUGUCAAUUUUAGCGGUUGGUGGUUCAGCUGGUGAUGCAACUAUUCCAUUGCUUAUUGGUUAUAUGAUUAAUCCAAAACUUUUAGGACCUAUAGGUUUUAUUUUUAUUUUAUUUGUUGUUGUUAUUUUAGCUUCAUUAAUUUUUGGAUUUACUGUUAUAUAUAUUAAAUAUCAGUCAAAAAAAAACAAAAAUACUGAUGGAUAA